ACUCUUCAGCCCCAAGCGGGCACCGCCACUGCUAUCUGGCGAGUUUCUGCUUGCGCUCGGCCUUUUUUACUGACCCCACAGGAAACAGCUACACUGAAUCAACCACCGGAAGCUCAGGCAAUGGCUGCCUCAACCGCCUCUCAACGCCCCCUCAAAGGGAUCUUGAAGAACAGCUCGACCACUUCCUCGGUGGUGCCUGUGUCCGACCAGCCAGGCAGAAGUGUAGACGAAGAUCGAAGUAAAAAGACCCAGAAGUGGGAUGAAAUGAACAUUCUUGCAACAUACCAUCCAGCAGACAAGGACUACGGCUUAAUGAAAAUCGAUGAACCUAGCACCCCUUAUCAUGCUAUGGUAAGUGAUGAUGAAGAUGUACUGAGUGACACAGAACGAACUGAAACUUUGACCCCGGAUGUCCUUGCUAAGAAGUUAGCUGCUGCUGAAGGCUUAGAGCUAAAAUACCGACUUCAUGAACAGGAAAGUAGCGGAGAUGAAGACAGUGACCUAUCACCUGAAGAGCAAGAAAGAAAACGACAGUUUGAAAUGAAAAGGAAGCUUCAUUACAACGAAGCAAUAAAUCUUAAACUAGCCAGACAACUGCUUUCCGAUGAUGAGGAAGAUGAAGAAAUAUUGCAAGUUAUAACUGCACCAGGCACAAGUAUGGAAGGACCAACUCAAUCAUUUGCUAUAGAUGAACAACCUCAAAACAGUUCACAGAGUUCAUAGAGAAGAGACUCGCUCAGCGUUGUAAUUGUCACGUAUAGAACUGUAACUGUAAUACGCGGCAUUUUGUUCUCUAAAGUUCAUGGCUUAACAUCAAGGUGCACAGGAAUAGAUUGCCAGGAAUUAAAUAACUUCUGAGACUAAUUGGACUGAAAACACCUAGUUGUUAACGUAUUCUGGUGCCAAGUUCUUCCUCAUAAAUAAAGCAUAACAUCAUCAGUUGAAAAA